GUCCCAAAACAGCUGCAGCCUGCUUUAGUUAGAGCAACGGUUGUUGUUAUUGUUUGUAGCGCCGACAUACUGCUAUCCCGAAUCAUAUUUCCACUUUUCCUCCCUUGGCUUUUCAGGUCGCUAUUUAUAUCUCAUAUAGCCGUGGCUGACAGCUGAGCAUAAAGAGGCAAAACUGUGUGAGAUUCCUCAAACAUAGCUAGCAUAGGCUAGCACUUUCCAACGGGCACGGUCCUCUUGAGAGUUGCUUUUGCGGUUAUGGCGUGGACGGGACACGGAGCUCCGUUUCAUACAAACGAUAAGCAGAAUGGCGACCCAAAUUCGCCAGCGAGGACUUUAACUGGUGUCCAUCCCAGCCACCAGUCACCGUCGUCCCACCUUUGUGAUUGCCCCAUGGCGUCACUCUGCCAGAGCCAGCAGCGCUGUGUGAAAGCCUCCAUCGUUUCCAGCUGGCGGCUGGCUGAAGCGCAGGAUCAGAUGUGCUCUUUGGGGGUCCACAGCUCUGAGUCCAUGGAACAGGAGCGAGCGCGGACCCUCGUCUGCCCGACUGAACUCACAAACACAGAGGAGGAGUGGCGUCGCAAGGAGAGCAUGCUGGCAGGCCCAGAGCCCAGUCGCAGUCCUGUCCUCGGUGCCACUGGAAGUUGGGACGUUUUUGAUAAGAGUAUUAUUAAUUUGCACCAUCAACCUGUGGAAAUGGAUCAGGACACCUGCAAAACAUUUCUCCAGAAAUAUGAACAAGAGCUCAGGCAUUUUGGUAUGUUACGGAGAUGGGACGACAGCCAGCGAUUCCUUUCACACAUGCCGCAGCUCAUCUGUGAGGAAACAGCAAAUUUCUUAGUCCUGUGGUGCAUUCGACUACAGCAAGAAGGGAAAGAAGCACUGAUGGAGCAGGUGGCGCACCAAGCCGUGGUUAUGCAGUUUAUCUUAGAAAUGGCCUCAAAUUCUCAACAAGACCCUCGUGGCUGCUUCAGGCAAUUCUUCCACAAAGCGAAAGAGGGACAGGACGUCUACCUUGAAGUCUUCCGAGCAGAACUUGACGCCUUCAAACAAAGAGUUGAAGAAUAUGCAGCGAAAUGUAGAAAUGACGCUUUGAACGUUGAUCAUCAGGGCUUCGACACAAACUGUAGACCUAACACCAAAGUAACAACAGACUUUAUAUCACAGGAGGAUCCUGAAUUCAAGAUGAAGCACUGUUUAGAGGCUGGACUGUGGACAAAUACAGGAAAAUGGACAAAGGACGACACUACAGAAACAGAAGACAUCCGGAUGAUGGAGAUAUAAAGACUGUUGCCUCGACUCCUGCUUUCCUCCCAUCUCACUCGUCGGUCCACAUAGGAACAAUCUUGAGUCUGUAAGCCUCCAUCCAGCGCAGCAGGCUGAAACGGCAUUACAGAGCAGGAAUAAAUGGAGACAUGAUCAUCCUUUGUGUUGCCUCUUUCAGCAGAACCAAGAGGAAGUUAUGUUUUGCUGAUGGUAAACAUUUUUUAACAUUUCAUUUGCAUUUGGCUACUGCUGCAGAGUGUCCUGCUAGCCAAUAAAUGCUUAUGCUACGCUGUAGUGUAACCUCCUCUUUUGUCUUAAGAUGAAACUGAUGUUUUGCUGUUCUUAAAACACAGAGAAUUCAAAAAGUACAGAGAACAAUUAAUGUGAAAAUCUAAGAGAACAAUAUCUGAAAAAUCAGGAGCUUUGUGAUUUGCUGAGCUGAAUCAGAAAUGUGAUUGGCUGUUGACAAUGUGAAGGGGGAAAAUGCUUUGAAUUAAGUUUAUUAUCAGCCUGUUUGCAGACAAAUCUGUAUGUGUAAGAGUUUCCCAGCUACAUGUACCUUAUUGGUAUACACACCAUUAUGUUAUGUAUUACAAAAUCAUGUGCAGUACAGGCCUUACUUCUCCAACUUACUCCUCUGAACAAUCUGGAUUUUUUUUUUUUGCCCUAACCUCACCUACAAGGAGCAGUUAAAGUGAACAUGUUAAAUGAAGCAGUUGUUUGUUGUAAUGAGCAGAGGAAAAAUAAAUAAUGUGGUUACAGUUUUUGCCAUUUAUUUUCUCUAAUCACCACAUCAGUUUGAUCAGGUUUUCUCCCAUUCUCACUGCUGAUCUCUCAGGCAAAGCUGCUGCAGUCAGUCUGGACUGUUGCACUGAUGUACCAAAACCAGUAAAGAAACAUUUCAAGAUAGUAACUUUUCUAUGCUUUUGCCACCAAGAGUCACCUGUUUUAUAGUUUGUGUGGUUUUAUGAUAUUUAAGAUUUAUAGUUGAGACAGCAAGAAUGUUAGCCAUCAGUGGCUUUAAAUUGUUGUUUUGAACACUUGUGCCGAGUAAACAAGUGAACAGCUGAUGCACUUUAAGGAUUACUGUAAGUAACUCCCUCUCAAAACGUAUCCCAACAUGUUGUCCAGAAAGAUUUAAUCUAAACCCUAUUAAUAAACUGAAUUUAAGUAUUUCGCGCUUAAAAAGUACAAUAUACAGCAUAUUUUUAAUUUACAGUGUUCUUUACAGAUGACCUCAUGCUGAGUCAAAUGGGAUAAAUGUUUCAUAACAUUUAAAAAAAAUGUAUGAUAUAUUCUCAAUUGAAUUACAGUGUAAACCUGAAUUGGACCUCUUUAAUGCAUGAAUCUGUCCUGAUGGCCCCUCAGCAACACUCUUAAUUCUUUGCAGCCUUUCACAGGUUUCCUUUCAGGAUUUUUCUGAGUUGAGCUCGAUCAGUCUACAAAUCAUUUUUCUAGUUUCUUCUGUACUUUUAGGUAGUUUUCCAUUUAUCCCGAAUGAUUUCGAUUUUGGAGUGAUGAAUUAAGCCUGAUUUUGUGAGAUGUUCAAAGUUUUGGAUGUUGCUUAAGCUCUUUAAGCCCUCAGGUUUCAUCAGAUUGCAUGUACCCUUUAGUUUAUAAUAAAGCUCAGCAGUAAAAAAAAAUAAUUCAGCUGACUUGUGUAAUAUACAAAAAAUAACCAUGUUCAAUAUGAAAGGUGUAAACAGCAGGCGUUAUCCAGAUACUGUCUGGAUUUUAAAGAAAUGAAAGUAAAUUCUUCUUUCUGGAGAAAUGGUUGUUCUAAUUGAGAUUUUAGCCAACCCUUCCAGCUAUUGUCUCUGAUCAAGUUGUUCUGAUAGAAACCAAUUACAUGUAGCUAACAUAGGCCAGCUGUAUCUGAAAUCAAGACUUAAGCAUAAGUGUCUAGUGUGGGUUUAGCUUUAAGCAGGACAUCUGUAAGAAAAAGAAAAAAGCAUUAGCACUAGGUGGAAAAGGGCUGAUCCAAAAGAUUGUGUGUGUGUGUAACUAUAACUAUUUCAUUAAACAUAUUUUUAGAUGAAAAACACUAGUAGGCAAUUCAUAUAAUUAUAUAAUUUAUUUUUUAAUUUCUAUUUCCCCAGUCAAGCUGAACAAAUGCAGACAUUAGCAUUGCUUGUUGCAAACUUCCAUUUUAAACAUGUCACCAACUGUCUACAUUUUCUCAUCGCCAUGGAGCUUUUACCUCAACAAUGGGCUCCCAUUUUUCUGUUCCCAUGGUAACAAUUUUCAUGAUCUUAACAAGACUGCAUAAAACAAUGUAAAAAUCUGCUGAGCAACACCAUCAGUGAGAUGGGUUUUGCAGUUAGGGGAAUGUCAUUUGGGACUACAGGCAGAUGCAUGAUGCAUUGGUUUUGCAGCUCUGAAUCCUUAUUUCCAGCAUCUGUUCUGCAUUCAGCUGCUCUUUACCACUACGUACAGAAUGACUUGCAUGCAUCAAAACUCAAUCAUGUGCUGUGGUCGACUGUUAUUGCUUUCAGUUGCCUCUUUAAAAAUAAAGGCAAAAAUAAUUGA